CCCCGCACUGCGGCACAACUAGUUCUCGCCCAGCCCGGCGCGCGCGGCCCGUACCCUCCGGCGCCCGUUCCUCCUCCACCCACCCCCAAAAUCCCAUUCCCAUUCCGCAUCGAUCGAAUCCCGGAACCACGAAUCGGCGGCGGCGCGAUGAGCGUGGUGGGCUUCGACGUCGGCAACGACACCCUGGUGGCGGCGGCGGCGCGGCAGCGGGGCAUCGACGUGCUCCUCAACGCCGAGUCCAAGCGCGAGUCCCCCGCCGCCGUCGCCUUCGCCCACAACGCGCGCCUCCUGGGCCCCCACGCCGCGGGGGCCGCCUCCUCCCACGCCCCCUUCUCCAGCCCCAAGCGCCUCCUCCUCCUCGCCGCCCGCCCCGCGCUCGUCCCCCGCGACCUCCCUCGCCUCCCCUUCCCCGUCCACGUCCCGGCCGAUGGCGACGCGCUCGUCCACGUCGACCACAUCGGCCGCCGCAUCGCGCUCUCCCCGACCCACCUCCUCGCCAUGCUGCUCGCCUACCUCAAGCAGCUCGCCGAGGCCGACCUCGAGGCCCCCGUCGCGGACUGCGUGAUCUCCGUCCCCUGCUACUUCACGCAGGCGCACCGCCGCGCGUACCUCGACGCCGCCGCCGUCGCGGGGCUCACGCCGCUCCGGCUCAUGCACGACCUCGCCGCCACCGCCCUCGGGUACGGUCUCUACCGCUCCGACCUUGGCGUCGCUGGGAGCCCCACCUUUGUCGCGUUCGUCGACGUCGGCCACAGCGACACGCAGGCCACGGUCGUCGCGUUUGAUCCGUCGGGGAUGAAGGUGCUGUCCCACGGAUUCGAUGCAGACCUAGGUGGGAGGGAUUUUGACGAGGUGUUGUUUGAGCAUUUCGCCGAGGAGUUCAGGGACAGGUAUAAGAUUGAUGUCGUGGGCAAUGUGAAGGCAAGCAUGAGGUUGAGGGCCGCGUGUGAGAAAGCGAAGAAGGUGUUAAGCGCGAAUGCUGAGGCUGUGGUGAACAUUGAAUGCUUGAUGGAGGAGAAGGAUGUGAGGGGGAUGAUCCGGAGGGAAGAGUUCGAGAAGCUCUGUUCUCAGUUGCUGGAGAGAGUUGUCGAGCCGUGCAAGAGGGCGAUGGCAGAUUCAGGUGUUGGAUUGGAGAAGCUGCAGUCUGUGGAGCUCGUUGGGUCAGGGUCUCGGGUGCCUGCGAUUGCUAGAGUUCUGGCGGAGUUCUUUAGAAGGGAGCCUAGUCGCACCAUCAAUGUCAGUGAGUGCGUGGCCCGGGGUUGUGCGUUGCAGUGUGCGAUGCUUAGUCCCACAUUACGUGUCCGGGAGUAUGAGGUGCAAGAUGCAAUUCCUGCCUCAAUAGGAUUUUGCACAAAUGAAGGCCCUAUAUCAACAUUGUCAAGCAAUGCAUUAUUCCGGAGAGGCCAGCCCCUUCCCAGUGUUAAGAUCAUUACUCUGCAUAGGAACAGUGGCUUUAAUUUGGAUGUGUAUUAUUUGGAUGAGAAUGAAUUGCCUCCUGGCACCUCAACAAAAAUUGGUAGUUUUCAGAUUGGCCCUUUUCAUGCACACACGGAAAAAUCUAAAGUCAAAGUAAAAAUUCGGUUAAAUCUCCAUGGACUCAUUUCAGUGGAAUCAGCUGUUUUGAUCGAGGAUGAUCAAAGGGAUACAAAUUCUUCUGACUCUAUGGAGGUCGACCACAACAAUGAUGUGGGUGAUAAGUCAAGAAAUGAAAGGCCAAUUCAACGGCAGGAUCUGCAAAUUAUUGGGUCCAUUUAUGGUGCGAUGAGUAAGCAGGAAUUGCUGGAAGCUCAAGAGCAAGAGUAUCAACUGGCGUAUCAGGAUAAACUGAUGGAGCGAACAAAAGAGAGGAAAAAUGCAUUGGAGUCCUACGUGUACGACAUCCGUAAUAAGCUUUCUGAGAGGUAUCGGAGCUUUGCUACUGAUUCUGAAAGGGAACAAAUCUCAGUUAAUCUACAACAGACUGAAGAAUGGCUUUAUGAAGAAGGUGAUGAUGAGACUGAAGAAGUUUACAGUAGUAAACUUGAAGAGCUCAAAAAGCUUGUAGACCCCAUCGAAAAUCGUUGUAAAGAUGAUGAAGUCAGAACUCAAACCACAAGGGAGCUUUUGAAGUGCAUUGUUGACCACAGGAUGGCUGCCAAGUCAUUAUCCGCGCCUGAACGGGAAGCUGUUGAUAAUGAGUGUGCUAAAGUUGAGCAGUGGCUAAGGGAGGGGUUGAAACUUCAGGAGUCCUUGCCCAAGGAUGUUGACCCUGUACUUUGGUCCCCUGAAAUCAAGAGAAAGGAAGAAGAGCUGGACAUGUUAUAUAGAAACAUAGUAACUAGUAAGGCACGAGGGCACUCCAGCGAGGAUGGAUGCUAGCAGGGGUUCAGAUCACAUGCAUAAAUCAGAUAGACAUUAGACCUUGCUGAGAUUUCCUUACUGGAUGGCUGCGGUCAAUUCUGACAUUUUGUAGCAAUACACGGACGAACGAGUUUCUGCUAACACUGCCAUACGGUCAACUCUGUUCCACUCUAGGCCCGCCAUUGGGUUUCUGCAUCUCACUACUCUGACUUGCAGUUUUCACUGGAGAACCUACUAGUCAUGAUUGUUGAUACUUGUGAAUUCUUUUCCCUGUAAUCAGAUAAAGGUUGUUCUUUGCUUCAGUGUGCUCACAGUGAACAAUACAAAUGCUCGAAAAUGCACACACUUACAAGGACUGUGGGUUGUAGCUCAUUAGAUUCAUUUUGUGUCAGGUGUAUAUUGAUCAAUGAGCAGAGAUCCUCAUGCUAUGGAUGCUAUGUUGCAGCGAGAAUUUACUUAUCAAAAGUUUCCACUUGUGGUUUCACUGUCCCAA